AUGACGCAGAAGAGCAAUCAGUUCAAAGGCCAAAAGAAGAGGAAGGCUGUUGCUCAAAAUCGCCAUGGCAAAUCCAUUCAAACCCGUAAAGGGAAGAGAAAUGUGAAACCAUCAAAGACAACGAAAGAGAUGGACACCGAUCGGGAGCUAACGAAAUUCAUAAACCAUUGCAAUGAAGUGAAAGCAGCCAAUGCGGCUUGCAAAGAAGGUGGUCAACUUAAUAUCCUCAAAGCCGAAUCUCAAGCUGAGCCAUCAAAAAAAGCCAGCAAGUAG